UCAGAGAAGUCGUGUGGGAGGAGUCCAAGUAAGAUGGCUGCGGGAAAGGGAAGAGUGUUUGAGAAAUCAUCAAAUGGGAUGUUUAUCUGUCUCUAACAGGAUGCACAGCAGCCCGAAUGAAGGAGUGGUUAAUGUGUCAGCUCCCCCGGCUCACUAUGGUCUAGCUCGCCAGUUGUCUUCGGCUAACUCGCGCGCUGUUCACCCGUUUACUGCUCUGACAUUGUGGAAUUCAUUAGCAGCUAGCCGUUAGCAACCUACGAGCGCUAACUUACUAGCAACCAGCUAGCAGGUAUCCGUGGAAAUCAGGAGCUCGCGACAACUGUUGAGACUCCUACAGCUAUCAAAGCGCAGAGUGGCCGUCCUGACUGGCUAUGGAGUGGAGUUGGCUUCAGACUGGAUGACAGGGUCUACAGGGCGGACAGGGUCACACAGAUUCUAACGCAGCAGCAGUGGGCUUUUUCCUCGAUGUACACUGACUGGCAGUGACAGCACAUUUUCAGCCGACCUCCUUCCCCUCCUUCUCUGUAUUCGGAUACACUUUCCCUCCCCUUCCUCCCCCUCUUCUCCCCCCUCUCCCUCCUCCUCAUCCUCCUCCACCUCCUCCCUCCCACAUCUUUUCCUUUUCUUCCCUCUUAAUUUCUUUUUGCCCUCGGUUGCUUCAAAACUCCAACUUUUUUUUUUUUUUUUUUUUACUGGAACUUCCUCUCUCAUCUUUGAGUUCCUGUGACCUGCCUCUCACUGAGUCCAGCAUGAGCUGGUUGAGCAGGUUGAACCCGCGGGGUCCAGGGAGCCGGUCCGGCCGGAGUGCCGCCCCCUCCAGCCCCUGCACUGCUGACCCAGAGACAUGCCUCAUGGUGUUUGAGAACCACUGGAGACAGGUCUCUUGGGUGCUGGAGCAGCACGAGCCUUCAUCCUCCAGCGAUGACCUGACAGCAGUGAGGAAUCACACCGACCAGAUGUUAUGUCUACUGGCAGAGGAGCGGCCUGCAGAGAGCCCGGAGGGUGGCGCAGGCGUGGCACCCAUGGGCCCCAUACUGGAGCUGGUGGUCACCGAGAACAUUCUGGAGUGCCUGGUUCAGUGGCACCUCUGCCGCGGCCUGGACCCAGACAGCCAGGGGGCGCUGCUCAAGCUGUUUGAGAUGCUCAUCGGCCAGUCCCAGCAGCCUCUGCUGCAGCACACAGCCGUCCUCCACCCUCUGCUGAGGCUGCUGGGAGCCUGCGCCGACCCAGAACUUGGGUGUCCUUCAGCUCUGGAAAACAGCCUGGUGCUGCUGCUCAACCAGGUCUGUGUGUCCAUGGCCCGGCAGCCUGUGGUUCUGGAGAUGUUGUUCCGGGCGGCACCGGCUCAGCAGGGCUCCACCAAUCUCCUCAUCUUCUCCCUCCUCGUGCCGUUCAUCCACCGAGACGGAGCCAUCGGACAGCAGGCCCGAGACGCGCUACUGCUGGUCAUGGCGGCCUCGGCGAGCAACGAGGCCGUGGCACGUUACAUCGCUGAGAACUCCUACUUCUGCCCGGUGUUGGCGACAGGCCUCAGUGCCCUCUACUCCUCGCUGCCCAGGAAGAUUGAGGUUCGGGGAGAUGACUGGCAUGCCCUGCGUCGGGAGGACUGGAUGGGCGUGUCGUCGCUUGUGCUGUUCAUGAACUCGCUGGAGUUCUGCAACGCUGUGGUGCAGGUCGCUCAUCCCCUGGUCCGCUGCCAGCUCUUGGACUACCUCCACAACGGCUUCCUCGUACCCGUCAUGGGCCCCGCACUGCAUAAGUCGUCGGUGGACGAGAUGAUUGCCAGCACCGCCUACCUGGACCUUUUCCUGCGCAGUGUGUCGGAGACAUCCCUCCUUAAAACCUUCCUGCGCUUCAUCCUGCUGCAUCGCCACGACAACGACACCAUCCUGGACACGCUGCUCACACGCAUCAGCAGCAAUUCAAGGCUCUGCAUGGUAUCACUGAGUCUCUUCAGGACUCUUCUGUCUCUGAACUGUGAAGACGUCAUGCUGCAGCUCAUUCUCAGGUAUCUACUGCCCUGUACCCAUGUAAUGCUGAGUCAGCGUCGUGCCAUCAGGGAGACUGACCUGUACGGAAAGUCGGCAGACAAGUUCCUAUCUCUGAUCCCAGAGUGCUGCCGACUGAACGCAGCGUCCUCUGCUGAGCGGGACGAGGAUGGUGCAUUCUGGGGUAAAGUACUGAAUAGUCCCAGUACAGAGUCUCCAGCCCCACCCAGACCCAGCACCCCAUCCCGCUUAGCCUUCUUCAUGCGCCAACAGAGCAGCGGAUCAGGAGGAGGGGGUCCCUCUACCCCCACCAGUAUGGAGCCACUGCAGUCGGGUCCUUCCGGCUCCCACCCUCUGUCCCCUGACAGCCCGAUGCACCAGCAGCAGACUAGCACAGAGUGUCUGGACUGGGAUUCGGGUUACCUGGAGUACCUCAAAGACGCCCGGCGGGGCAUCGAGCUUUGCUCCUGGGCCUGCCGCGACUGGUCGGCGCCCUAUGAUGGAGAAAACCCCUCCCCAAACGCGGCCCCUCCACCCCCACCUCCCCCUACCUCCAACCCUUCCAUGGCCAUGUUCCCUGAGCACUUCUCUUUCCAGCAGGGAGGAAGCAGUAACACCCCUCCAGGCCAGCAGAGGGCGGCCAUCGUGGCUGCGGCACGAUCCGAGUGGAGCAGCUCGGAGCGGGACAGCGGAGAGUGGGAUGUUACGAUCGGCAAAAACAACUGCAUCAGCCUCACGCCACGCUCCAAGAAACGAAGCCUGCAGAGAGAGGAGCUCCUGCCAAAGCCUGUACCUCAUCUCGUCCCCUCCUCCUCUUCUUCAGCCACACCUUUAUCAACAUCCCACCCCGCCUCGUCCCCAGCUCCUCACAAUCCCACCUCUGCCAUCACUGUUAGCUACCAGGCCAUGUACAAUGGAACAAUGGGGCAGGGGGACGGGUGCUCAGACAAUCAAGACAGAGGGCUGGAGGUAAAGAAAGUAAAGAGAGACUUGGGGGAGCAGCAGUAUUUGGAUGAAAAUGCAAAUCAAAAUGGAUCCCUUGUCACCUGUCCCUCCCAAAGCUGCAGCGCUCUCCCACAGUCCAUUUUUAGCAACAGUGAAAUAAGUGAUGCAAAAUCACUUUGCUCUAACCAGAUCUCCUCUCAGAGCCCUGUCACCCAGCCAACGUCUGACACCAAACUGCUGACCAGCGACACCUCAAACCCACACAGUGCAUCCUCAGAUCUUCCAGAAGCCAAUCAGACGCAACAAUCUGUAGAGAGUCUCAUCCAGGAGCUACUUGAGCAGGCGCCAGGAGAGCCACAGCUCCCCGGAGACACCAACGGUCAGGGCAUCAGCAUCGAGGCCUUCACACAGGAGCUGAGGGAGCUGGAGGACCGGGUGAAGGAGCGCAGCAGAACAGCCUGCCAGCAGGAGGACACCGCCAGAGAGUCCAUGUCCUCUGAGCGGCAGGACGAGGAACAGCAGCUGUCCUCGGCCCUGGAGAUGAAGCAGACAGGUGACGCAAAGGGAGACGGGCCUGUGGUGGGCCUCUGCAGUCCUGCCAGACCACUGAAUCAGCCCGCCUGUCAGCCAUACACAGGUCCGUUCAUGGUGGUUCUGUUUGCCAAGCUGGAGAACAUGCUCCAAAACUCGCUGUACGUCAACAUCCUGCUCACGGGCAUCGUGGCCCAGCUGGCCUGCUAUCCUCAGCCGCUCCUACGCUCCUUCCUGCUCAACACCAACAUGGUCUUCCAGCCCAGCAUCAAGUCACUGAUCCAGGUUCUAGGUUCUGUGAAGAACCGCAUUGAGGCAUUUGCAGCCUCUCAUGAAGACUUCCCUGCCAUGCUGAAGAAAGCUCAGCAGUACCUGGUGGCCCGAGGCAAAGUGGACUGGUCAGACUUGCCUGCGGCAGUUCCUACCCUGCGGCGCUCUGAUUCAUUAGUGAAGAGUCGUAAGCCAUCUCUCGGAGACCUGAUCCUUCGCCACACCAACAGCCCAACCCGGGCUCGACACGCUGCUCAGCUGGCCCUUGCACACGUACGAGACGGCGGCCAAUCACUGCACAGCGCUCUGUUCAGGGGCGGUGGAGGCGGAGGGGCCUCUGGCCUGGAGAAGCAAGCUGAGGCGCUGCGAGUGAAAAACGCCGUCUACUGUUCCGUUAUCUUCUGUGAGUUCCUCAAGGAGCUGGCUGCGCUGGCUCAAGAGCACGCCGUCUCUCUGCCUUUCCCUCAAAGCCAGGAGGCAGAGGAAUAGACGGCGAACUCCUCAAAUCUAGCUCUUAGCCUCCGUUUCUUUUUGAUUAGGCUGUAAAAAGAGUUCUGUAGGAUUCCCCCAUCACCAGAGGACAGACUGGAGCACUGAGACUUUUCUGUCACUUAAGUGUGUCGUCUGCAAUGACACAGACAACAAGCGAGAUGAAAACGGUGUCAUUUUUGUACCAAAAUCAUUAUAGGAUACCUAUAGGACUGGAAGGAUUUUCCUCAUCUGUAAACUUAUAUGAUAUUGUGCAUAUCAUGUAUUAUAUUUACAUUCUAUACACAGAAGAUCUCAGUAAACGCUUGAGAUUUAGGAGCUUGUACAUACACAUACCAUGUCAUGGUAUAACGUGACACAGUAAAGCCACAGUUAGGUGCACAUGUUGGUGCUAGUCUCUUAUGUUUUAAGUUGAAAGGGUGCUCUCAGGCGGCACAGAGGAGAAGAAGGUUUUAUCCCAACAAAAUUUUAAUGGAUGAAAUACAUGGGGCAUGGACGCAGGGUGACACGUCUGCUGCAGCAAAGUGCGUCUGUUAUAAUCAACUGAAGCUGCUACACUGACCACGUGCUGCUCAUCUUAAUUCUUACAUGGCAUGUCUUUUUUUUUUUCCCAAUGCACGACUCCACGGCCCUCCAACAGGUAAAAACUACACAGAACUGUGUAAACAAUCUGUUUAAAAAUGAUCAUACCUCAUUGUAUCUGAGGCAGUGCGACCCAGCAGGGCAACCUUGUGGGUGUUUUUACAUUUCACAUUCAAAUAAGUCGAAUCAAUUCAUCCUGUAGUGAAAACGAUCCAGUUCAUUUUUUCAGCACCAGUUGAUUUAGCCUACGCUUUCCAGACCCUCCAUAACCAACUGCAUUAUCACUUGGCAAAACUCAGUAAAGCUGGCAGCAACCACACGCCACAAAAAUGGAGUCUCUGUAGCAGGUAAGAAACCCCACUGUGCUCCGCCUACGUGACACGUCGCAUCCGUGCCCCGCGUAUUUCUGCCGUGACAAACACCAAAAAUAGUUUGGCAGGAAAACAUUUUAAGGUGUAGGCAACUACCAAGUGAUCCAAUCAGCUUUGGUCGCCUCUGUACGACAAGCUCAUGUUGGUGUAGUCCUCUAUCAAGGACUGGCCAAAAGAGAAAGCUCACAGAGAAACAGUAAGUGUUCUGAGGAGCGUCUCAAGUGUCCAUUUUAUUUUUGAAAAGGCUGCAAAGACUAGUCAUCAAUGAACGCGAUGAAAACUGGAACACACAGGUGAGGGAGCGUGCCACUUUCUCUCCUGUGAAUCAGCACGGCCACCACAAACGUACUGGAAGAAACUUUGGGUAACGAAUGCCAUUUUUUUACUAUAUUUUGUUUUAAACGUGUUUGUGUUUUGCAUUUGCACCAUUUUCUAGACAUAUCAGCAGCGCGUGGGAGCAGGUGUGUCGAUUUGUAUGUGAGGUUUAUUUUAACGAAUGACUCCUUUUCCAAAAAGGUGACGCCAACUCUUUAGGCCAUCAGUAAGCCAUUCACCUGUUGCCAUGAAAGAGGCUGUGGGAUUGAACAGGCAGCACUGCUUUACAAUUCAUACCUUUUGUGUGUCACUUAGUCUUUAAAAGACCUGAGAGUCUGCCAGAAAAAGGCAAGAAGGGAAGGAUUUUUUUUUUUCCUAGGGAGCGUUGGCAUGAUUUCCAUUUACUCUGAACUGACAUUUUGAAGAAAGGUCCUCGUGAGGCAUUCACUGACUUUUAUUUAAACAGACCUUUGUUUGUGAGCUAAAAUUGAAGCUUGUGGAAGCAAGUCAAUUUCAGUUUUUCCAUUUUUUUGUUUUAGUUAGCUUCAAAACAUCGUCUCUUUCAGGUGAGACAGGCCAAACUGAACAUAGAAAUGUUCAUUUGGGAACUUAACAUGCUGCUAUUUUAUAACACGAGCACCCAUUUUUAUUAGUGUCAUAGCUACUAUCUCAUUUCAUUGUUAGGUACCAAGUAUAAAUGUGCAUGUGAGGAUGUGCCAGAGUCAGUGCCAGUGUUGUGAUCGGCAUUUGUUUAUUUUAUUGUGUCUGAGGUUGAAUGAAGUCAUGGCCACACAGUGUUAAAAGCAUUUGCCGAGAUGAAAUUCUCUUUCAACAUUUUGAUUUUUUCCUUAAUGAUCAGCAGCCUUUUGAGGCUUCAUGGCCUUGUCCACAUCAGCACCAGUAUAUUUGAAAAUGUAGCUUUUCCUAUGUGUCCACACACAAACUGUCUGAAACCUGAUCUUUUGCAAAACUCCGUCCAGGGUGAAGAUUUUCAGAAUCGUUAUUUUCGUUGUCAUCGAGUAGACAGGAAACGGAGGGAAUUUUUGGCUUGAGAUAGCAGGGUAAGCUUUUGCCUUUGUGAGGUGUCACAGAUGAAGCGGUAUUUCAUUCAAUGGCGGGGGUGAUCAAAUAGUAGGACUAGGAGGACACUGCUCAGGAUGGCCUUCCUGAAAUAUCUUUUUCUUUGUGUUUUUUUGUUGUCUUCUUCCUGAUUGUCUUAAUUGUUUUCUUCUUUGUCUUUUGCUACUUCGCAGUUUCAUCUUCUUCGUUUUCUUUGUCUUCUUCAUUGUCUUCUUUGUUGUCGUCGUCUUCUUUGUUGUCGUUAUAUUCUUUGUGUUCUUCCCGAUUAUCCUCGUUGUUGUCUUCUUUGUCUUUUUCUUUGCUGUCGUCGUCUUCUUCAUUGUCUUCUUUGUUGUUUGUGUCUUCUUCCUCAUCCUCUUUGUUGUCAUCUUCUUUGAUGUAAUCUUAGUUGUCGUCUUCCUCUUUGUCAUUUUCUCCUUUGUUGUCCUCUUGGUCUUUUUUGUUGUCUUGUUUGUUAUUGUCUUCUGCUUCUUCGUUGUUGUGGUCUCCUUCAUCAUCUUAUUCAUUUUCUUCUUUGCGUGGCUUUACAGUUAUGGUUAUAUCACCGUCUGUUGGUUUUGGCAUGCUCUUGACAGCGCCUCCAUUUUGUUUUGCGUUUUAAUUUGGACAGAGAUUCUUUGUUGUCAUCGUUUUUGUUGUCUUCUUCCUCAUUGUCGUCCUUCUCUUUGUCGUCUUCUUCAUUGUUGUCAUGUUUUUUGUUGCCUUCUUCUUCAUUGUCAUCUUCUUCAUUUGCUUCUUCUUUGUGUGGCUUUAGGGUUACGUUUAUAUUGUCGCCUGUUGGUUUGGCAUGCUCUUGACGCCGCCUUAAUUGUUUGGCUUUUUUUUUUUUUGAGAAUGAAGGAGGGAAAAACCCUGUUUACAAAAAUACACGUGUCUGUGUGGACAAGGCCUGAAUUGUUCCGUGUUAGUAGUUUAUUUUAUAGGAUGGUAAUACUUUAUUUUACAGGCCUGUAGUUUCUUAAUUAUUUUGUAGUUCUUUUCUGUAAACACCUCAGGAAAAUAUGAGGAAAAUAAUUAGGAAAUUAAGAGUCUGUAAAAUGAAGCACUACUUGUAUGACUGCUUGUGAAGUUAUGACCCAGCUUUUUGUGAAUCCAUGUGGUUUUCUGCACAUACUAGCCAUUCUCUCUCAACUUUUAGCAGUGGAGAAGCUGCUAAAAGUGCCUGCCAUCUUGCAAAGUCUUAAUCUUUGGAAUUGAACACCACAUCAUUUUUUUGACAGCCGUUUCAUCCAAACAAGUUAAGGCCUUUUCAACUUGUCAAAGCCAUAUCCAUGGUCGUCACAUUUGUAAAUGUAGUACGUCAUCACUGCUGUAAAUCACUUUUCUAUGGAAUUUCUAGACACAUUUCGUAACACCCCCACUUUUAAUACCAUUAGUUAAGAGUUUCUGCAUGUCAAUUUAGGCCAGGUUUUUAAUUAAAUAAUAAAUAGUGUAGAGUAAGUUUUCUUUGGUUUGUGCAAUAGUGCUGAGCUUAAAUUAGCUUCCAUGCAGUAGGUUUUAGUGGUUAGUGAGUCAUCCCGGUGCCUGAGAUCAGCGACGGCAAAGAAGACAUUUCACAUUGAAUGUUUGCUCUAAGUUAAUUUAAUUGGUAGAAAGGGCACUUCUGUAUUUUACCCACUGCCAUCUGUCCAUCCUUCUGUUCACCUAGUCUGAUUAAUGUUUCCCUUGCACAGUAAAAACAAAAAAGGCCAGAGGGGUUCAUUCCACACCAGGUUCCUGUGCUUUUACACUCAAGAUUGUGUUUUAUAACUAUUUUUAUAAACAGUUCAGUUGAAGAUAGGUCGUAUUUUCUCAGUACGUUCACUUACUUGGUCAGUCUCAUUGUAACUCAGCAGUUUGAGUCAGUUAUCUGUAUUUCUGUGAUACAUUCAUGACACCAAAGACAAUCUCUCUCUGACAAUACUGAAACUCCCAGUGUCUCUGUUGAAGCAAUCAGGCAGUUUCAUGGCACACAAUCUAUAAUUAACAACAAUAAAAGCUCGGACACACCAAACCGACAUCCAAGAACUAGUGGUGACGUAGGCCGCCUGUUGCGUCACCUCGUGUCGCCUGUGUCUCGGCCAAAAAACUGCACUUAAACACACCAUAAAGACUACAGCCAACUUGUAUGUACAGUCUGCGCCUGCGUGAAAGGAAAUAAUUCUUCAUACCAGCAGGCAGUGGUAGUCUGUAGUCAGUAGUUCAAAAAGGGAAACAAGAAGACAGACACGAUGAAUUCAAGAUGCUAGUUAGCCAGUUAGCACAUUAACAACACAGCCCCUCUUGAAAGAACAAAUUAUAUUUACCAGGCCCUAGCGAACAACUACACAAACAGUUACAAACAGUGCCUGCUAAAGAGUUCAAUGGCUAAAACACUAUUUUACCUAAUGUUUGUUUCGAUACCACAACGUCUUGACUUUAGCUGUUAGCUUUCCUGGCUUAGUUUCUCUUCACGUGCACUGAGCAAAACUGCCAAUCACAGUGAUUUCUCUCCCCAUUGGGCUCCAAUGGGUCCAACACCGAAUCAACAUGCUGAAUCUGCCAAACAGAAAAAACAAACAAACAAAAAAAAGGCAACAAGGGCCGACUAGUGCCAAUGGUGCUGGACACACCGCAAACACCAAGGUGACAGACACUCACCAAUAGCUCGACAUUGACAACAGCUGACAAUGAGUUUGGUGUGUCAGGGAUUUUAUUCACAUAGUACUUUUUAAAUGUUGAAAGUACUUGCAAAUAACCCCACAAAAAAGGUGCCAAUACCUAACACAGUUACAGUAAAAGCUAAAUACAAGGAAAACGUUAAAGAACAGAAAACCUGAUAACCUGUAAAAAUGAGACCAAAGCUGUAGUGAACUGGAGAUGUUUACCAGCUAGAGCUUAUUGGACAGGACCAGGUGUGUUUCUGAGACUCAGCUGUAAUUAAAAAAGGGAGCUGCUCAGUAACCCUGAGAUGCAAAACUUGGCAUUGGUCCUAUGUGACUGCAUUUUUUCCUGAUCUGGGAUUUUAGCCCAUGCACCUGUCCACACU